CUGAUGAAGCUGAGCCAUGAGACUGUGACUAUCGAACUGAAGAACGGCACUCAGGUGCACGGAACCAUCACAGGGGUGGACGUCAGCAUGAACACCCACCUCAAGGCAGUGAAGAUGACCCUGAAGAACAGGGAGCCCGUGCAGCUGGAGACACUGAGCAUCCGAGGGAACAACAUCCGCUACUUCAUCCUGCCAGACAGCCUGCCCCUGGACACCUUGCUGGUGGAUGUCGAGCCAAAAGUCAAGUCCAAGAAGAGAGAAGCAGUUGCUGGCAGAGGCCGUGGCAGAGGCCGUGGCAGGGGCCGAGGCCGUGGCAGAGGAAGAGGGGGCCCCAGGCGGUAACUUCUCC